AUGUGGAUGGUACAAUGUUCUUUCCACCUGGAUGGCUCACAAGAGCUCUCUGUGAUACAUCUUGACACGAUCAUUUGUGCAUUGCACCUGCUACCAAUGUUCAGUGAUCAAUUUAUUGACAAUGAUGUGUUAUUUCACAACUCAUUGGAUUUGUUCACUAGUUUCUAUGUAAACCAAUUUGUAGAUCAUAACUCGUUCGAUAUACUAUCUUGA